AUGGCAGCCUUAGAAGCAAGUGCCACCACCUACCAAGAAAUCACCACCGCCACGGCCGCCGCCGCCGCUACUGCUGCAGGAGAGCGUGGGCAGAUGAUCGACGACGGCGAGGACCAGCGUGGGAUGAUCGUGCCCGACGACAGCGACGACGACGACGAGCUGUUCGAGCUCGACAUCGCCCUCAUCGACCACCGUGACGGAGAGGAGUACAGCCGCCGUGCGCUGAGUGGCGGCGCCGGCGGCGACGAGCAAGGCGACGCGCUCCUCGCCAACUGCCUGCUGCCGGUGAGCUCGGUCAGCAAGGCGGUGCCGGUCACGGACAGCGGCUUCGUCGUCGUCUCGUCCUGCUACUCCGGCCGCUACCACGGCGGCGGCGCCGUGCACGCGUGCGAUGAUCCUUGCAGCUGGAGGAGGAGGUUCUUCUUCACCGGCGGCGGCGGCGGCGGCAGCAGGACGCGUAUUAUUGGGCGCCACGGCGGGAACAGCAGCAGUAAUUCCGCGAGAUUUUCCUUCUCCAGAUUCCAAAAUAUGGGGAAUUUUCAGCGCUACUGAUGAACGAAUACUUCAUCCAUUCGAGAAAAAAAAUGGCGAGGAAAUUUGACGUGUAUA